GCGUUGUGGAGUGUUGAUUUUUGUGCAAGUGUGUUACAUUUACCAGUGCUCUACCAGCUGGACAGGUUUAUACAAGGGCGGUAAUUUUUGGCCUUCCGGCCGUGGUCUCGGUGAACACUGACGUGAUAUGUCGAUUCUUAGCAAACACCUUGGAUACAAGCAUCUGGAAUAGAGAUGUGCGAAGCAUGUAGUGGACUGUGAUACGCGGCGUAUGAAAUGUUGCCGUCGGCAUGCAUGUUAUAGAUAUGUACCUUUAUGAUCCGACAAUCGUGUCCCACCUGAUGAAUGGAUUGUUUGAGUGUUUGUUUGCGAGCAGCGGCCUGUGUUUGUGACGCUCCGCUUGAAGUGGUGUGUGUGCCUGAUACCUCCAAGAGUCUGGACGAGGCUAACCAUCGCCCAGAUCAUGGCUGCUAGUGGUGACAAGCAGCCAUUGACAGUAUCGGAUAGGAAUGAUGGGGCGCGAACUGGCAUCAUAAGCCGAACAAAACGUAGACUGUCAGCGGUGCUUCGCGAAAAACCGCAAAUCCUGUCGAAUAAGAGCGUAAAGGAGGACAACAGUCUACGUGGAUGGCGAAAUCCGUCAUAUGAAAUGACUGAAUCCAAGGAAUCAGGGAAAGUUGUCGGCACGACAGAAAAAAACAGCCCCCGAAAAGGAGACGUAGGUAGGGAGGGCAUAGCAAUUCACACCAAUGCCCGCAAGAGAGAACGGCCAGACGCGGAGACGAAAUCUGUCCAAGAAGAGCAUGAGAUGCAAGAAAUAGAUGCGAACAGGGCAGAAGCCAACGUGAAUAUGAUGGAGGAAACAGGCGCAGGCCGGGACGAUGGUACACCGCAGACAGAACAUCGAUCGAGCGGAGGACAGAAAUCGACGCGACGCGACCGGAAAAAGCCGGGUGGCGCGAGCCGGAAGCAAAUGGGCACUAACCCGUCCCCGGCCGACCGGGAAGCGGCGGGUUCCUCCGCUUCUGCCGCGUCAGACCAGGUGAUGGGAGUCAUCGUGCAUCAGUGUGACCGGCUGGAUGGCCGCCGCUGGCAGCUCAGUCGCCCCAUGGUGCGCGUGCACCUCAUAGACACGAGCAGCGGCGAGCCCGUGCACAAACACGACCCGCAGCGGCGCGUCACGUACUUCUACGAGCCGGACGGCGUGGACACGAUCCUGCCGGCGAUGACUCAGCCGAGCGCACCGGGCGGCGCCGGCGCCCUGCUGUGGGACGAGCUGCUGCUCUUCAACGAGCCCUUCCAACACCUGACGGCCAGCGAGCCGCGCGUCUGUGUCAUGUUCGAGCUGGUCAGCACGCAGCCGGAGCUGUUGACGGCGGCGUGGGCCUUCCUGCGGCUGUGCGGCGCCGGCGGACGGCUGAACACCGAGCAGCGGCUGCGGCUGCAGCUGUUCCGGCCGCCAGCUGACCGCGCCCUGCGCCUCAAGCCCAUCUACAGCUGGUGGCGCUCCGGUGGCCGGCACAAGCUGCCCGGCACGCUGCACGUAACGGUGAAGGCGGUGACGCCGCCGGCGCUAGAGCCGGCCCCGCGUUCCUUCUUCCCCACGCAGCCGGAGCGGUCGGGCGGCACUGCGGGCAGCCCCGAGGGCAACGGCCGCCGUGCCAUCAGGCUGGCCGACGACGCCGAGGCGUGUCAAGCGCUGCGCUUCGACGGCGCCGGCAACCGCCUGGCGUGCGGCGUGCAGCGAGGCGCCCAGUUUCCUGUGCUCGUGUACGCAGUGGAGUCGGGCGCGCGCACGCACGUCCUGCUCGGCCACGGCGGCCUGGUGUACGAGCUGCGCUGGGCCGACGACCGCCUUCUCACGGCCUCAGCCGACUGGACGGCGCGCCUCUGGCGCCUCGACGACGACGGUGGCCACCAGGCGCUCGUGCUGCCACACCCCGGCUACGUGUACGCUGCCCUGUUUCACCUGAGCACGCCGCGCUUCGUCGUCACCGCCUGCUUCGACGGUGUGGUUCGCGUUUGGAAGUGCAGCACCCGCGACGCUGCCGCCGAGCCGCGGCUCUCGGAGGAAUUGGCGACCAGCGCCGCGCCCGUGAACAGCCUCUGCUGCGCGCCGGACGGCACGCGGCUCUAUGCAGGCGAUGCGAGCGGACAGCUGACCGUGUGGGCGUGGCGGGCGAGCAAGGGGCGGCCCGAGGUCACGCUGGAGCGGCGCAUCAGCCCGGCGGAGCUGGCCGGCGCGCCCAUCAACCAGCUGGAGCUGCACCCGGCCGGGCGGCGCCUGUUCGUGCAGGCCCGUCACGGCGUCAUCCUGGCCCUGGACACGGUGCACCUGGUGCUGCUGCAGACACUGACCGGCCACCUGAACAGCCGGGCGCUGCUGCGCGGCUGCCUCUCGCCGUGCGGCACGUAUUACAUCUCCGGCUCGGAGGACGGCUGCCUGCACGCGUGGAGCACAGACACGGGCGAGCGGUGCGCCGCCUACACGGCGCUGGGCAGCACACGGCCCGUCGUCAGCGUGCACUUCCACCCCUGGGAGCACAUGCUGGCGGCGGCGACGCACCGCGACCCGUGCCUCACCGUUCUUCUGCUGAAGCACGAGCGCGAGGCGAGCGGCGCGGCGCUCGGGCUGACACUGCUGCCGCGGGCCAUCCAGCCGGCGCCGGCGGCUGCCGACGGCAUCACAUCGCUGCCGCAGCCGACCGACCGGGAAGCCGAGGAAGAGGACCGACGCUUCCAGGCGAUGAUAGACCGGCUCGACUCUGUGAUCGCGGUGGCGCGAAACAGUCACGACAUGUCGCACCUGUCGGUGCACUCGCGCCGCAGACAGCAGCGGCGCGAGCAGAAGCGGAGGGAGGCGAUGAGUCGGACGGACCCGGGCAUCUGA